AUGUCGGUUCAACAGCAGGACGCGCCCGUCCGGACGCCCAUCUCGCCCGCCGUGCCUGUGUCCCCCAUCUCCCCUGUCAACCACAAGGCCGACGACAGGGACAACGAGUCUGCCGCCGACUCGGAUCGGGAAAUGGACAGCUUCGAAGACGCCCCAGACACCGUCCCAGACACUUCCUCUAUCCGGUCUCUGACCCGUCGAACCUCCCCCAUCCCAAAGCCUCAGCCCACCGAGCCCCAGUCAAUCCACGACAAGGACCAGCCCCAGGACGAGCAGAAGACCACGCCGGCCGCCGAGCCAGAAGUAAUCACCACCAAGGACGACGCAAAGGAAGACACCAAGGACGAGUUCGAAGACGUCGACAACACACCAUUAGGCGAGGACAAUGACCAAUCUCUAGCACAACCGGGCAGGCCCUCCAUCUCACCGAGCCAACGCUUGUCCCUGGCGUCCAACGGCCAGCUCGCCGAAGUGAGCCUGGACGACGAGGCUCCACAACGAGAAAAAGCAGCAGAAGCAGAAGCAGAGGUCGAGGACGUCAAGAUGAGCCCCAGCGAGAGCGAGCCCAAGAAGACGAUAUCUUUGAGUAGUAUUACAAGCGCCCUUCCAGCUAUGCCCUGGUCGCCAGGUGCUCAAGAAUCACCAAAGAACCUCGAUACACCCCCAGCUACCGCCCCAACGCCGGCCUCCCCGGGCGUUCCUCCUGCCCAGGCGCAGGCACAGGCUCCGGCGCAGGCUCCCGCACCACCUCCGCCGCGGAAGCUCGCCAGUGCUUUCUCGUGGCUGUCAAGAAGCUCGUCCAAAGAUAUGACAAACUCGUCGCCGCCAGAUCUAUCGCCUAGGAGGAAUACUGCCAGCUCCGUGACAACCUUGGCUAGCAACCCAGAGAUGAUGCUCAGUAAGCUGGAGGAGGAGGGCGGUACCAACGGGGUGAACGGGAAUGUGCGGAAUAGCUUAAAGGACCGUUUCAAGGCGAUGCGUAUGAGGGAAGAGGCCGGCAUAACAAGCCUCCCCGACGAUGGUGACAAGAAUGGUUUUGCCAACCUGGUGAACAAGGGCCCCGGCGGGUUGGCAGCUACUACGCCGGCAGAGGAGAAGGAUGCGACGUCUGCGCAACCUCCGGCCUCACCCAACCCUGCAACCGCACAUCUGGCCCCGGGAACCGCGUCGGGGGCAGCAGCUGGACCCUCCACACUGUCAGACCAGCCAGUCGACUGGGAUUUGUGGCAGUCUGUAGUCUAUGAGGGACCCGCGGCCGUUGCCAAGACGAGUGCCGAAGAACUGAGCAGAGCCAUUGCGACUGGCAUCCCGAGUGCUAUCCGGGGCGUCAUAUGGCAGGUUCUGGCACAGAGUCAGAGCGAGCAGCUGGAGGCCGUUUAUCGGGAACUUGUGGCUAGGGGCACAGACAAGGAACAGGACCGAAACAGCAACGCCUCGCUGGGUGCCAGUAGCAAUAGCAACAGCGUCCACUCAUCAGCCUCGUCGGUACAUUCCGGCGACUCUGGUGUCAACGGCGCACCGCCUCCACCGCCCAAGGACGACGACCCGGCCGCCGCCAAGGCGCAGGCAGCCUCAGAGACUGAGCGGAAGAAGAAAAAGAAGGAAGACACGGCCUCGAUCCAGAGGCUGGAGAAGACUAUCCGGAAGGACGUGGGUGCCCGGACGGCGUAUUCCAAGUUUGCUUCCGCCCAGGGGCUCCAGGAAGGCCUCUUUGGCGUCUGCAAGGCCUAUGCGCUUUACGAUGAGGACGUCGGGUACGCCCAGGGCAUGAACUUCUUGAUUAUGCCCCUCCUUUUCAAUAUGUCAGAGGAAGAAGCAUUCUGCCUACUGGUGCGGUUGAUGAAUCAGUAUCACCUGCGUGACCUUUUUAUCCAGGACAUGCCUGGUCUGCAUAUGCAUUUGUACCAAUUUGAACGACUACUCGAAGACAUCGAGCCCGCUCUUUACUGCCACCUCAGACGGCGGGGUAUCUCGCCGCACCUCUAUGCCACGCAGUGGUUCCUCACCCUUUUCUCAUAUCGCUUCCCGCUCCAGCUGGUCCUCCGAAUUUAUGAUCUGAUCCUCUCUGAGGGUCUGUCGGCCGUCCUCAAAUUUGGCAUCGUGUUAAUGCAAAAGAACGCACAAACACUUCUUGGCAUGACCGACAUGUCUCAACUCACUACCUAUCUCAGGGAUCGACUCUUUGAUGUGUAUAUUGAGUCCUCACCAACCGCCAACAGUAUACUAGAGAACGGUUUCUUUGGCAGUUCCACGUCGAGUAUGGACAAGGAGGUCUACCGCGCCGACCAACUUGUUCAUGAUGCGUGUGAGGUCAAGGUAACUCCUGAGAUUCUCAAGUUCUACCGCACAGAGUGGGAAGAGAAGACCAAGACCGAAAAGGAGCAACAGUUGGAGCUCGAGACCCUGAGGUCGCAGAACACGAGUUAUGCUGCCAAGCUACGCAAGCUAGAGACGCGGCUGCAAGCGGUGGACCGGGAGCAGGCAGACCUGGCAACGGAGCUGGUGCACACCAAGGUCGAGAACGAGGAGCUGAAGGACCAGAAUGAGUCGCUACAAGGCCAGGUUCGGGAGCUCAAGAUCGUUAUCGAGAGGCAACCCAUCGACAUCGAGGAGCAGUGGAAGCUCGAGAGGGACGCGCUCAUCGAGCGGAACCAGCGGGUACACGAGGAGAACGAGAAGGUCGAGAAGGAAAUGGCCGAGUUGGAGGAGCAGCUUGUGCAGACCAAGAUGCAGUAUGCUGAGAUCAACUCCCAGCACGAGACCCUUCAGAGGAAGUGGAACGACCUGAAGCGUACGUUUGCAUGA